AUGACCAGCGAAGAGGCACAACCUUCCCCCACGUCGCAUAGACUGCCCACUGUCUCCGCCUCUCAGGCUCUCCAGAAGCUUCAUGCCCGCGGAGCCCGCACCGUAUCAACUGGCAUCACGCAGCUUGACAAGGUCCUUUCACCGCUGAGCCUUCCGGGCCACGAUGUAUCAGGCGGAUAUACUCGAGGCAAGGUGACUGAGGUCUUCGGCCCGUCAGGUGUCGGAAAGACAGCAUUUGGGAUACAGGCCGCAGUCUCCGCACUGCGCGAGGGGCAACAAGUAAUAUGGGUUGAUGCUGCCUGUGCGCCGUUGGUCAAACACCGCGUUGAGGAGAUACUCACUUCAUACGCCGACAAGAUUCAACCCUCAUACGCCGGCAAGCUUGAACACCAAGAUGAACCCGAUCCAGACUCACCGUCCGAUAAAGCUCCAGAUCGAGUACGCGGCCACUUUCACUACAUGGCUUUGCCAACACUUGCCCACCUCUUGGCACUCUUUGUACAUCCGCCCGCUGCUUUUCUCCCACAAAACACCAGCUUGGUGGUGGUUGACUCUCUCGCGACCCUGGUCGAUAACGCAUACCCCCGCAAUGUAGAUGAUCGCACUGCGAGGAACAAGACAGAACAAUCACGAUGGGCUGCAGGACGCAGAUUCGCCAUUAUCAACGAGCUGAUUGCGACAUUCACCAAGUUUGCAGCAGUGCACGACAUCGCGCUGCUUGUCACAAGCCAGACCAUCACACGCAUAAGAGGGGCCUCGCGUGCAUUGUUGGUACCGGCAAUGGCAGGGGUUGAAUGGGAGAAUGGCGUUUCCACCCGCCUGGUGCUCUUCCGAGACUGGCUUCGACUCGGAAAGGCCAGCGAAAAGUUGGACGCUGAUAAAUUGCAAAGAGCCAGAUUCGUUGGCCUUGUCAAGGCCAAUGGCGUAUCCCUUGCAGAUGAAGGGAGUGUGGGCAAUGUGGUGCCCUUCACCAUUGAAAACACUGGCCUUUGCGAAAUGUCCAUAGCCGCGGAUGAUGUAACUUCUCUGCUUGUCCCAACACAUGCCAGGCCGCUUAAACGACACUUUGCCGAGGUGGAUGAGAAUGCUCCCGAAGAGCCGAAGUCCGACGAGCUCUACGGCUGGAUUGAAGAUGAUGAAGUCGCCACUGAGGGGCUGUUGAUUGAUGAAGCACCCCUCGAGGAUGAAAACGAUGCAGGAACUCGCCUGGAUGUUGUCGCAGAUGGCCACAAGAAGAAGACUGGGCCUGGCUAUUCGACCUGGUUCCAAGCCAUGCCGGUACACCGGAGCUUAUCAGAGGAGCAGUGCAGCGCAGUGCUUACGUCUGGUGUAAGCUCGUGCUCGUAUGCUGCUCUUCAUCUCUCGUCCGAGGGCCCUAGCUAA